AUGAAGAGCCCAAUCUGUUUGAACAAACGGGCAGAGGAAUGCAUGGAAGAAUACCAACGGGCUCAAACACAACUUAAUGCCCAGCCGAGACAGCAACCUUAUGAGGAUGUAUGGAAACCACCACCUUCUGAGGCGUACAAACUCAAUUUUGAUGCUGCAACAUUUUCAGAUUUAGGCAGAACUGGGAUUGGAGCAAUUGUUCGAAAUGAAAAGGGAGAGGUAAUGGCUGCAAUGUUUGCCUGUGGACCGGCUGUACAAACCAGUGAUGAAGCGGAGUUGCUUGCUUGCCGGAGAGCUUUAGAAUUUGCUGUGGAUGCUGGCUUUUCCAGGUUGAUCAUUGAGGGUGACAAUAGUAACGUCAUUCAUGAUAUCUCUUCGUUAGAGGAAAACACCUCUUCAUUCGGCAAUGUAGUGGAUGAUAUUCGCCAUUUGAUAAGGGGUUUGAUUUGGUCUGAGGUAUGCUAUAUUAGAAGGGGUGGGAAUAGGGUAGCCCAUGUUUUGGCUCAACAUGCUAGACAAACAUUAGAUGAGGACUUGUACUGGUUGGAGGACUCUCCCCCACCAGCCUUGGAUGCUCUGUAUCAUGUUCUUUUAUCUAUCUAA